AGCACACACUUUCCAACCAUCCUCUCUUCUCUCUCUCUCUCUCUCAUUCUCUCUUUCUAUCCAUCUCCUUUCUCCUUUUGCUGUUUCACCACCACAUGUGAACCACUGCCUUCUCUGAGUUCUCUCCCUCUUCUCACUCUCUCACAGCAACAAGCAAGAAGAAGAAGAAGAAGAUGAUGAUGAGAAGAACACUAGCACUAGCACUAGCACUCAGCUCAUUGCUCUAUCUCUUUUGUUCUUACUGUUUCAGCUCAAGAAGAGCAUGAACUCUUUGUCAGUGAAGUAGACCUUCCAAAACUCUCUUCCACUGUGCUAGCAUCCCAAACUUGGGUUAAAAACCCAUGUUUUGAACCACUCCUUGUCAACCAAAAUCACCACCAUUGUUGUAGCAAAAGGUAUUCUUUGCAACAAAGAAGAUGAACACCAAUGGAACUUAGUUUUGCCUUGCAUGAGAAAUCUCUACCAUUCUCUGCUUAGAUUGAGUUUGGCUAAUGAAAUCAAAGUCUCCAUUGCCUUCUCACCUCAAUGCUUGUCCUAUGGAGCAAGUGCUAGUCCUUUGAAGAAGAGAAAGUUAUCAUCUUUGAGUGUGCCUUCAUUGGGUGGACACCAGUUCUCACCAGUGCCAAGCUCUACCUUCUCUUUUGCACCGUUGGCAUCACCACCUGAAGUCCCUGAGCUUCCAACACCACCACCUCCACCACCAUUAUCGCCCGAAGUCCCGGCAAUGCCACCAGUUUCCUAUAUGGUUCCUCCGCCAUCUCCGCCACCUUGUUCUGCAUCUCCCGGGGCCGAGGAAGGGCCGAAGACUGCACUGUGGUGUGUCGCGAAGCCGGCUGUUCCUUCAGAGAAGUUGCAAGAGGCCAUAGACUUUGCUUGUGGAGAAGGAGCUGAUUGUGAGGAGAUUCAGCCUAAUGGGAGGUGUUAUUUCCCUGAUAAUGUGGUUGCUCAUGCUUCUUAUGCUUUCAAUAGUUAUUGGCAAAAAUGGAAGCACAAUGGAGGGACUUGUGGCUUUGAUGGCACUGCUUUGCUUAUCGAUUCCGAUCCAAGUUUUCUUGAAUGCCAUUUUGAACUUAGUUGAGGAGAUAAAGAUGCAGGAGCUCUGAAUAGUACCUAUCUUUUGCACAAUUUUCUUCAUCGUUCUUCUUUGAACUCUGAUAGAGAGUGCGAUAAUGAGAUAUCUUUAGUUGUUUGUAUCAUGAGAUUGAAUCGUAUGUAUGUUUUUUUCCUUUUAAAUCCUUCUGCUACCUUAUUUUGAAAUGAACUUUGAAGCCGUAGUAAAUGUAGUCAUGGUUUGUAUUCCUUUGGUGCAAAACCAGUACAUUUCUCUUGAUUAACGAUUCUCAAGUUUGAAUGAAGACAUUAGAGUAAAAUUCGAAAAUAUUCAUAUUGUUUUUCUUCUA